GAAUCAAAUAUCACACCACCACGACUGCCAACAUGGCUGCUGACUGGGAAGAAGUUAAGCGACUGGCAGCAGACUUCCAGCGAGCACAGCUCAGUACAUCUGUCCAGAGACUUUCAGAAAGAAAUUGCAUUGAAAUCGUGAAGAAAUUGAUCGAGCUGAAACUUAUCGAUGUCAUCUUUACAAAUGACGGGAAGGAGUACAUCACCCCAAAGCAUCUGCAGAAAGAGAUUCUCGACGAGCUUACAGUUGCAGGAGGACGAAUUAACUUAGUUGACCUUGCUCAUACUCUAAAUGUGGACCUCUUCCACGUUCAGGGAAGGUGCAAUGAUCUUAUUCGCACCGAUCACAGUUUGCAGAUUGUCUUGGGCCAGUUGAUCAGCAGGUCGUAUUUGGACUCACUAUCCGAAGAAAUCAAUGACAGACUUCAACAGGAGGGGCACCUAACAUUUGGGGACAUUACAAAACUCUACGACUUACCUCCGGAGUUCUUAGAAAGCGUAGUUUACUCAAGAUUGGGUUCCAUCAUCAAGGGUCACUGUGAUCCAACUGAUAAGCAGCACAUAUUCACAGAUACCUACGUCACUAAGCACACAUACCAUAUUCGUGGAGCGCUGUCUGCUGUCACAAGGCCUAUUCAGUUGUCAACUUUAAUAAGCGCUUAUCAGUUUCCGGAAAAGUUGCUUUAUGGCAUUGUAGACGAUAUGAUCAAGAACGGCCGGCUUGCCGGGACUCUGGUGGGCGGUCGGUCGGAGCGCACGUCGUACAUCCCCGAUAUCUAUUCUCGGUCACAGAACAGCUGGGUGGAUUCCUGCUAUCAGCAGAAUGGAUACCUAGAAUUUGAUGCUGUCAGUCGUCUGGGUAUUGCUGACGCUAAAACCUACAUCAAACGGCGAUACAAGGACGAGAACUUGGUGUUCUUGAAGAGCAUUUGCGUAGGGCAGGGAAUACUUGCACAAGUUGAAGCUGCCGUGGAGGAAGUUGCAGCAACAGGGUCUUGGACUGACGUUAUGCCGCUUCUUCCGUCUGUGUGCACACCGGAGGACGGAGCAAACAUCAUUCAGGUUGCGCUCAAGUCUCGCUCUAAGGGAAGCGCAUCCGUUCAGGCUCUGCUGGACACCAUUGUGGUUAGCGACGCGUUCAUUGACACCUGCAUGCGAUCCUUUGAUCCGUUGAUGACAGCCAAGGCAGAACUGGACCCACAGAAGGGUGUUGUUUUCCUCGAGCCCACAGCUGCUUCCAGUGCACCCCACAAACAUGCUGCACCCGCUCCAGAAGAGGAAGUUCAGAAACACGAUAAAAAGGAAGAAAGACGUAAGAAGGCCACAGGUGGGAAGUCUGGCGGAGGUACACAGGGCAGAGAGACGAAAACCAGGUCGACAAAAAGCAAAAAACGUCCCGGUGGUCGUGGAAAAGGGGACCAAGAAUCUGAUUCUGAUGAUGCUGCUGAAGCGGCACCGAAACCCAAGAGGCAGGCUGAACUGGAGUUCAUGACCCUGUGCGAAGUACAGGACCAGCUAGAGCAGCUGUCAAUUCUCAAGGACUGUCCAAAGGAGCUUAGCCUCAGCAUUGCUGAAAAAAUUCACAGGCCCCUUACCCGAAAGUACCAAGAAGUGGCCAAAUCUAUCUUCCUGUCCUCAUCGGCGUCUUCUGGAGCGUCCCGUCGCAAGACACAUGCAGACCUUCAGGAGAAGCUCACUGGUUUACUUGCCAACGUGCAACAGUUUGAGCGUGGUCUCAAAGUUCUUCCAGAGGACUUACAGAGCCAGCUUGCCAAGUAUUUGCUCAAGACGUUGUGCACAGACAUAGUCAACAUCAUUCUUGGUUACUUAGUAGCAGAGCAUGGCAUUAGUGGAGAGCAAGAUCCAUCAUGUGGACUUGCUCCGGAGGCUAGGCAGAAGCUAAUUCAGAAAUUGCCUGCUGAUAUCAGGGGGCCAGUAUUGAAACUUCACAACUCUUUGUCUGCAAAGACGACAGAAGAUUUCAUGACAGAUGUCAACGUAGUACUUGGCCCAGGCAUUUGUGAUAUGAUCAUUCGAUCGGACAAAAAGAAGGAAAGGCAAGUCCUACAGGGCCAUCGGACAGCGCUUCUGUCACAGCUUGGAGAAGCAUCAGAGCCUGCCCUAUGCUUGCACUUGGCCGUUUUGCUUGUCCUGCAGACUCAAACCCAGCGAAUGAUACAUGCUUCUGGAAAAUUUGUACCACAGCUUGUGGCCUUCCUCAAAACUCACGUACCCUUGGAAAUCCAUUGCUUACUACAGCAAGCACAGGAGCUGGUUUUAAAACAGUUCACCUUGGAUGAGGAAUCCGAGGAGAAGAAAGAUGUGGUGGCGCAACUCGCAGAAUGUAUGCCCAAGCUGAAAGAGCUUGGUGCAACAUACAAAAGACAAAGUGUAUCGGAAGAUUAGGGAAAAUUGCUCUGUCGAGUUUCAUCAAGUGCCUAAUAUUGGUGGUGUGAAUUCAUCAACGAGGGUUAUUUCUUCCUUUUUGGAAUAUAGUACCUUGAAAAAUA